UGUCCACUGUCAUCAACAAACUCCUGGCCAAGCCCCUUUUUCUUCCUCCUCGGGUAUAUAACAUUUAACCUUGCCACCAGAGUGACGCUUGUCACUGCAGAUCCUUUGUCCAAGUCUGAUCCAGCCAGCAUCUGCUAACGUACCUGUGCCAGCCAGAAUCCACCAUCCACCACUAUGUCGUUCACCUCCAGAUCCUACACCUCUUCCAGGGCCCUCAGCAUGUAUGGGGGUGCCAGUGGCCACGGUUCCCGCAUCUCCACCUCCCAAGCUGGAGGAUUCUGCGGCACAUCUUCCUCCUGGGGUGGCUUGGACCUGGCUGACGGCCUGGACCUCCACGUGUCAGUCAACGAGAAGUCCACCAUGCAGAACCUGAACGACCGCCUGGCCUCCUACCUGGGGAAGGUGAGAUGUCUGGAGGAGGAGAACGCCGAGCUGGAGAAGAAAAUCAAGGAUUGGUAUGCGUCACGCACGGUUCUCUGCCACGACCACAGUGCCUACUUUGUCACCAUCGCUGGCCUGAAGGACAAGAUCCAUUUGGCAUCCAGGUCCAAUGCCAAGACUUUGCUGGACAUUGACAAUGCCAAGCUGGCUGCUGAGGACUUCAAGAUGAAGUAUGAGAACGAGCAGUCCAUGAGGAUGGCAGUGGAGGCAGACAUCAGUGGUCUGAGGAGGGUCAUGGGUGACAUGAACCUGGGCCGCUCUGACCUGGAGAUGCGUUACGGGGGCCUGAAGGACGAGCUCGUCGUGCUCCAGAGGAGCCACCAGGAGGAGAUUGCCAUGGUAAAGUCCCACGUGGGCAGCCAGGUGAAUGUAUCGGUGGAUGCUGCCCCAUCCCAGGACCUGAACGCAGCCAUGACCGAGAUUAGGAAGCACUAUGAGUCUGUGGCCGUCAAGAACCGCAAAGAGCUGGAAGCCUGGUACCAGGGCAAGCUGGCCACAGUGGAGAUUGAAGUCGUGACAAACAAUGAGCAGCUGGUCAGCUGCCUCACAGAGUUGAAGGAGUCCAAGAACACCCUCCAGAGGCUUCAGAUUGAACUGCAGUCCCAUCUGAGCAUGAAAUCCUCCUUGGAGGGCACCCUGACAGACACCCAGAAGCGCUACUCUGCUCAGCUGGCAGGGCUCCAGAGCAUGGUGACUAGCCUGGAGCUCCAGCUCUCCCAGCUCCACGCCAACAUCACCCACAACAAGCAGGAGUACGACAUGUUGCUGGACCUCAAGACCCGGCUGGAGCUGGAGAUUGCAGAGUACAGGAGGCUGCUGGACGGAGAGGACGACAGCUCCACCCAAGUGGUUACCAAGACGAUCAUCGUGACCCAGACCACUGUGGAUGGAAAGGUGAUGGAAACCACUGAGUCUUUUAAAUAAGUUAUUAACAGAACCAUC